CCGUUGGCUCGGUGAUCUCGAUUCGACUUCGUUCCUUGCUCGAGGAAGGGACAAAAAAGAAAAAGCAAUAGUGCAAGCAGCUACAUCAUUCAAAGCCAUGGCGUGGCCGAGAUGGAGCAACGGCAACGCGUACACGGACUUCAGGCAGCUCAUGGCCGUAGUCAAGAUCAACGACACCACGUACGAGUCGGCCUCGCCCGCGUACUCGCCGGGCGGUUUCACGCGCGCAUUUGGCGGUCACGUGUACGCUCAAGCAGCGUACGUGGCAGCGCAGACGGUGAAGAAAGGAUUUGUGUUACAUAGCAUCACUGGAUGGUUCACGCUGCAAGGAGACACCACGAGACCGUUCACGUACCGCGUCGAGACGAUCAGAGAGGGCGGGGGAUACUGCCAACGCCAGGUGUACGUGACGCAGGAUUCGACAAAGGGCGUGUGCUUCACGUGCAUAUGCUCCUUCAAACGCCCGGAGCCGGACCUCAACAGACGCGCUCUCAAAGCCAACUUCAGGGAACAGUAUGCCGCCGUGCUGGCGGGCAAGAACCCAGACGACCAUCCCGAAUGCCCCGGCAUCGACUCGCCUUACUGGUGGAAGGUCGAGGAAGAGCGAGGUUGGAUCGAUCCGUUUCCAGGGCUGAAGACGAGGAAGGUGGACAUGACGCGGUAUAACGAGGGGAAAGAAGCGUUGGACAGGAGGCAACUGAUGUACUAUCGGGUGAUUGGGGAUAUGCCGAAGGUGGCCGAUGAUGCCAACUUGCACGCUGCGGCCCAUCUAUAUGCCAGUGAUCGCAACGGAUUGUUUCCCAUAGCGAAUUUCUUGGACCUUGGGGAUAAUUACUCGGCCAUUGCGUCUCUCAAUCACACAUUCAUCUUCCACGAGGAAGCCGCGGGCAUUUCGACGAUCAACGAAGAGACCGGCGAGCCGUGGAACUUCAUCAGCGAGGAGAAACUCGACCACGUUGGACACGGGAGGGGCCUGGCCGUGUGGAGGUUUUGGCGAGAGGACGGUCUCCAUGUCGCGAGCGCUUUUCAGGACGGCAUGAUGAGAUUCACGCCCGAGGGAAAGGGUGCUGCAGCCGCCGCGUUUGAGGGCAUGGUGAAAGAUAAGUCCGAGAAGAAAUCGACGAAGUCUGCGAAGCAGAAUGCGCCCAAGGAAGAGAAGCUGUAGAGAGCAAGCUUGGCGAGCACCUGAGGGAGUUUUUAACCGACUGCCUGAUCCCUUAGGCUGGGUGAUAGGGGCGCCAUUUACGUUGGUAAACCGGCAUGGUAGUAGAACUAGAAGGACUAUUUUGAGCGUUACAAUGUUGUCCUUAGAAAUCCAAAGACUUUUUUUCUUUAAA